AAGGGGCAUGGUUUUAAGUAGCUGAAAUGUGUGUGUCUGAGAAAUGACAGAUGAGUGCUGUCGUCAGGCAGAGAACCACAGAACCAGUGAGCUUCAACAUCCACCAGAACCAGGAGUCUGGUGCAUCAUUUCAUGAUCAGGAAAGAAGAGGGAGUUUGAGAAGAGGAGGAGGAGAAAGGGACACUGAAGGAGCAGGUGUAGAGGGUGGAGUUGAACGUAGGCAAACAGAGAGAGCUGCACAUUGAUCCCCUGAGACUCUACGUACGUGGAACAAAACAAAACAAUGAGGAGCUGAAGAACAACAACAGAACCCUGACGACACUCAGUCUGAGGAAGUGUGAGAAGAGAAGGCGGCUGCAUGAGGUUGAGUGGAUCAUGAACCGACUGUGACGGAGGUGAACUGAACACAGAGGUUUAGGAGCUCAGCUCGGUCGUCGAGAUGUCUUCGUCAUCACAGUCAGACUAUCUCUGCAGCCACGGAGACACCUUAUGUGAGAUCCGUGUCUACGAGCAGGAGGUGAUCAUCGUGCCCGUCCUGCUGCUGUCCGGCUUCCUGGUCACUCUCGUCUUCAUAUUGCUGCUUCACUUUUGUCCAGAGAGAGUGGACAAAAUCAGACCGAGGACCUCAAAAGUGACCACCAGGAGGAUACUGCACGGUAUAGACGCUCCACCAGGUAUCAACGUCUUUGAACAUGAAAGUAUCGCCUUGGACAUGUCCAACUCCUACUCCACCUUCAGCCCCCCCAACACCUAUUCCUCAAAGAGCCUCUCCAUGUCAAUGAGGUCAUCGGCCCCUCCCCCCGGCUUCCCCCCGGAGGCCUACACACCCAGUUUCAACCCCGUCGUCCAGCCCAGAGAGUUGCCCCGCCAACGGUUGCCCGAGUCCUUCAACCAAGUCAGUCCCCUGCCGGCGGACUUCAGCCUGCGCACCAACUCCUGCGUGUCCCUUCACCGGGCAUGGAUGGAAAACAGGAACGUGGUUCUGCGUGUGCUGAAAGACAACGCCGACGCCACCGAACGCCACAGCUUCCUGGGCUUCGCCUCCUUCCUGGCCCAGCUGGGCCCUCAUCCCUUCCUGCCGGAGCUUCUGGGUGUGGUUUCCCUGCGAGCUCCUCUGGUGACGGUGGUGGAGGAGCUGGAGAACAGAGACCUGCUCAGCUUCCUGUGGAGGUGCAGACAGGAAAGUGUGGAUCCUCCGUGUGAAAUGACCGAGAGACUGAUCUACACCAUGGCCAAACAGGUGGCCUCCGCCCUGGAGUUCCUUCACAGCAAAGACCUUCUUCAUGGAAACAUCCGCGCCCGCAGCGUUCUGGUCAGUAAGGAGCACACGGCCAAGCUGUGGGGUCUGCACGGGGUCUACACAAGGAAGAACCAGGGGGUCACCCAGGCCGAAGAUCCGAGCAUGAAGAAGUGGCAGGCACCAGAGGUGUUGGCCAGGAGGCCGGCCAAUCAGAGCAGCGACAUUUGGUCGUUUGGUGUACUGCUGUAUGAAAUGGUGACACUGGGUGAAGCUCCGUUUGCAGAAAUCCAUGUGAGUGAACUCCUACAGUUCCAUCAACGAGGAAAAAAUCUGAAAAAACAUUCCAACUGUUCCAACACGCUCUACUCCAUCAUCAAGAGCUGCUGCCAAUGGAAGGAACAGGACCGACCCACCAUGAUCGACCUGGGCCGAAAACUCAUCUCUGCCGAGAAAACCGCCUCCGAUAAACUUCUGAAAGCAUCGGGCAUCGUGAACGUUGAGCGGUACCUGCAGGAGGCGGGAUACGGGGAAUCGAACAGCUACACUGUUUUCUGACGACCGUGAAGAAAAUCAGUGAGAAAAAAAAAUAAAACUGCACUUUUCUCAGAAGCCCCUGCACUUUGGUCGAAGUCGGUGAUUUGUGUCUGAAAACUCGGGAAACCGACACUGCAGCUUUAAAUGGUUGGGUUUUUCUCCUUUGAAAGGUUUGUGCAACAAAAAAAAAAAAUUAAAAAAAUGAAGGAAAUAUUUUAUAUAAAUCAAUAUAACAAUGUACAUUUGUUGAUUUAAAAUUUGCAAUCAAUUUAUAUUCUUUUAUUUUAAUUUAUACGACCUUGUUUACACAUAUGAUGAAGUGAUUCUAAACUUUAAUGUUUACAACUGCUGUAAAUAUAUGGUGUAUUUUAUAUAUGAAACAUGAAGUAGACAUCACAUAUAUACAUAUAUAUGUAUGUAAAAUAUAUACUAUUCUGUCACUUUAUCAAAUGAGUCAAACUGUUUACCUUUAAAUGAACCGGUGGAAUGUAUUUUUUUCUUUUUUUUCAAGUGGAAGUAAAAAAAAAAAAGAAUAAAAACAUGGAGCUCCUGUGACAGGGAUUAUUUACUGGUUUUAUUGCAUACAUACAUAAAGACAGAGAACUUGGAGCGUUUAAGAGAACAGAGUGUGACGAUUACCUACACUGGGUUUUAUACAGGCUCCUAAAACUAUACUGUUUCAAUGAAAAAAUAACUUUGAUUGUAGUAAAAAAAAAAGGCAAGAUAAAAAUUAAAGUUGUAAAAUGAUCUAAUUAAAAUCCUAGGAUUUUUUUUUUUGAAUGUCGCUGCUCAUAAUGAUAAAAUGCUUAAAAACACUGAACAAACUAGUAACAAAAU